GUGCACGCCUAUGACGAAGACAUCAAAUUUCAAAAAAAAAAACCAAGAGAGAGUGGUAAAAAAACAUAUCUAAAUCCACACCUGCUUCCCUGCAAAACAGUCACCCCGCGGAUGCAUAAGCAACACACAACAUGGACCAAAGGCUGCUGGUGCCUCCACUGAAGGAUCCCAGUGCGAGAUGACGACCGGGCUGUUCAUAGUUGGGCUCUCUUUAGCCGUCGCGAGCGGCAGCUCGUGGUGCAACUUCGAAAGAAACAUCACAUUACAUUGCUUGUCUACUCUCUUCCGCUUCCAACUUAAGCCAUAUAUAAUAUCAAUCGUUCUGCGCCUCAUCGGUGCCAAUACUCUCUCAUCCAAGACAAGAACAGCAAUGCCCUCUCCCUCCAGCCUGGACAUCAACAUCAGCACGGAAUAUCAAACACAGCAACCCGGACAACCACAAUCGAAUCGAACGAACCGGAAAGGAAACCAAGCGGAGGAAACCAUGGGACGGAAAGAUUCCACGAGGGAAUUAGGAGGAGGAGACUAUGGGAUCAUCAUCAUCAUCACCAUCAUCAUCAUCAUCAUCAUCAUCAUCAUCAUCAUCACCAUUCUUUAUUGGCAUGCAUACACUGCCAUUAACCUACUUCUACUUUCCGAUUUCUACAAUAUUCUAUCCUUGCUGUCUAGAUCCCUGGCCAAGGUUUUUACCAAGCAUGCAAGUGCAGCUGGAUGUUUCCCUUGGUCUAGCAAGCUGCUACCCGAAUGGGGGGGGCAUCAAUCAAUCAUGUAUCAAUGCUUUUCAUUUGUUCUUCAUUUGUAUAUUUUCUUCAUGUACGCAUACUCUAUCGCUACUGUCCUCAUGGAAAGACAAGGGCCUCUUCCAGGUUACCCGGGUUCACACCUAGUGCACGAGGUGUGAAGCUAGCCUGUGGAGAGGAGUCUGCUUUUCCAUAUUUGUCUUUCUGAUUUAUAUCUAUACUUGGUGGGUGUAUCAUAAGCUAGAGCUGAUGAUAAAAAUGAGAUAAAUCAUUCUACCGUCUCCGCUUGUCU